AUGCCUUCGACGGAAGUGGCUCUUAGCUUUGGUCGAUUUUGGCAUCUAUCCGGCGAGACCCGCGCCCGGGCUUGGGACGAAUUCAUGUCUUUGGAAGGCAGCGACAAGUCGCGCUUGGUUGGGGUAGACAUCAUGGACCGGAACCUCCUUGGCAAAAAGGAGCGCUUCAAUCCAGAGAGUAAUACCUGGGCAUGGGCGACCCGCGACGAAUUGAGAGCGAAUGUGCUCAAGAUGCUGCGCCGGCCGGGGACCAACUACCAUCCACGAGUUGGUUGGCAUGUUCGUCAACCUUCGGUCCUGUACCAUGUGUCGAGAGAAGCUCGGGCUCACGCCUGCAGAAGAUUCCACACUUCACUUCUGCAUAAUGGCGAAGUUGAACUCCAGAACGCAGCUGUCAGGUUCAAUCCGGAGGUGGACAACUUGAGCCAAAACUUCAAAUUCGUGGUCAAACCAAAGUCCCCUUCGACACUCGCCUCGGGUAUUCCCACUCUCCGAAGACCAUUGAUUCAUGGCUGGUCUCCAAACCCGGACAACCAGGCCUUCCACAGCAUACUACCCGUGGUCUUCACAGCGCCCACUCCCCGCAAGUAUCCCUACGGGGAUAGUCUUUGCUUAGAGCUCUGCGGGACCAAGAUUAUUUGGUCUUUGAAGACGACUGGGGGAUGUUCUUAG